UAAGGACUGAGCUACCCAGGGGCCGCUCUCAUGCCUUAACUUUUGUGUCUCAUCAACAUUUCAUCGUGUUGUCACUGUGCCAAAAAUAUAAAGAACCAGCACAUCCUCAUGCGUUCUGAUCUGAAACUGCUCAUCUUGUCCUGGCAAGGUCAAGGAUUAACGUUUGCUGCCAACAUUCCUGUGGCCUCUGAAUGAGAAGUUGAGGAAGGUGAAAGCUCCCUUGUGCCUGCAGUGGGAGGAUCCCUUAUCUUGAUCUUGUUUGCUUGCUUGCUUAUUCUCUGCCUACUCUCCUGCCAGAACGUAGUAGCUUCCCGCGAGCAAAGAUCUUGACUGUCUCCCUCCUCACUCUGAUCCUACUGUUUUCCACAAGAGUCCACCAGAGCAUGUGCGCCGGAAUAUCGUACAAUCCAUCAAUGUGUCCAUCUUUGCCUAUUUCCUGCUUUUCUCCCCGGGGUGGUCUUUCCCUCUGGACGUUUCCACGUGUGAGUUCUCCAGUGUGCAGGCGGAAACGGACUCACGAAACGUAAAAUGUGAUAAGCAGAAACAUCUCCAUGAUCAUGAUGGCACCUCUCACUGUUCCAGCACAUUACAGUUUACAAGGCAUUUCUGUGUUAAGGUGAGGGCAGAACAGGUACUGUCACCACCAUGAAUGGAUGAGGAAUCCAAGGCUCUGAGAGGCUGAGUGCAUAAGGUCACCGAGGCAGGGAGGAGUGAGGCAGCCUGUAAACCAGGCCAGCCCCAUGCCUAAGUCCACACCACACUCUCCUGUACAACCCCACCAGACCAUCAGGCGCAUCUCCUUUCUCUGCUCGUGGAAAAUAAAGACCGACAUAAAACAGCUUUCAUCCCAGGCCACUCAGAAGGCCCUCUGGGGAAAUCUGAAUCCAUCUUCAGCCUUAAGUGGUUUAGAGUUUUUAGGGGAACACAAUAUUUGGGGGCUGCUUAAGUGCCCAGCAGAAUGUCUGCCAGAAGAAGCCUAAGUGGAUCCAGGAGAAGUAGACUUUGUCUCCAUCAGGCUGAGUGAGGUCAAGUCAGAGAUAAAUGCCCACAAAGGAAGAGUAUGCAAAAAACUGGUGAGCAUGUGGCCUGGGGUAGACACAACAAGACUCACAUCCAGUUCUGUGAGGAAGGGCAGAGCCCUGUGGUGGGGCUCGGAGCUGGUGGCCCUGUUUCUUGCAGCUGGUACUUUGGGAUGCUAUGGGCUGUGCGGUGGCAGAUUUACAAGAAGGCGUGAAACAGUGCUGACGUGGUCUUAAAGGUUAGGACAAUGGCUAUAAAGCAUAUUUGGGGGCUACAUUUGUGCAGGCUGAGUAGGCUCUUGGUCAUGAGGCGUAGGGAAAGAAUGUGGCCUUGGAGGAAAGGCCAUCUGGGCACAGGAACAGAGCUCGGGGUGGUGGACUUGAGGGGAGAAUAGAGGGUCGAAUAUUCCGCUUCCUCUCCCUGUCCUCGCGGGGGUAACUAACCCAGGUAUUGACUUCCACCCUUCCCCUAGACCCCCUUCUUCCCCCACCUCUGCUGUCACAUGCCAAGUGAUCUCAGACAAGCCGGGCAGUCUCUGAGUGAGCUCUGUUUUUUCCCAAAAUGAAGCUGUUUCCUGUUUUUCUUCACCUCCAGGGAGGUGAAGAACGAUAAAGAUGAGAAGUUGGAAGUUUCUCCGAAGCCACACAAACAGUAGAUGGUUUUGAUGCCAUCACCUGAGAUGCUUUAGGAGGGUCUAAUAAACAUGAUGAGACCAUGACAUCUCCAGACAAAAAGCCUUGGCAUCCACAGGAGGAAGAAGUGUUCAAGCAGCAUGUGACUGGUUGGCUGUUCUCUCAUGUCGGUGACCCCUUCCUGGAUGACCCCCUGCCCCGGGAGUACGUCCUCUACCUCCGACCCACCGGCCCCUUAGCACAGAAGCUCUCCGACUUUUGGCAACAGUCGAAGCAGAUCUGCGGGAAGAACAAGGCACACAACAUCUUCCCCCAUAUCACCCUCUGCCAGUUCUUCAUGUGUGAGGACAGCAAGGUGGACGCCCUGGGGGAAGCCCUGCAGACCACGGUCAGUCGCUGGAAAUGCAAGUUCUCGGCCCCGCUGCCCCUGGAGCUCUAUACCUCGUCGAACUUCAUCGGCCUCUUCGUGAAGGAAGACAGUGCAGAGGUCCUCAAGAAGUUUGCCGCCGACUUUGCUGCAGAGGCUGCAUCCAAAACCGAAGUCCAUGUGGAACCUCAUAAGAAGCAGCUGCAUGUCACCCUGGCUUACCACUUCCAAGCCAGCCACUUACCCACCCUGGAGAAACUAGCCCAGAACAUUGAUGUCAAACUAGGCUGCGACUGGGUGGCCACCAUAUUCUCGCGAGAUAUCCGGUUCGCGAACCAUGAGACAUUACAGGUGAUCUACCCGUACACCCCACAAAAUGAUGACGAGCUGGAGCUGACCCCCGGGGACUUCAUCUUCAUGUCUCCGAUGGAACAGACCAGCACCAGCGAGGGUUGGAUCUAUGGCACAUCCUUAACCACCGGCUGCUCCGGACUCCUGCCCGAGAAUUACAUUACCAAGGCUGACGAGUGCAGCACCUGGAUAUUUCAUGGUUCUUACUCGAUCUUAAACACAUCAUCUUCUAACCCACUCUCAUUUGGUGAUGGUGUACUGGAGAGGCGGCAGUAUGAGGACCAGGGCCUGGGGGAGACGGCGCCCCUGACUAUCAUCUGCCAGCCCACACAGCCUCUGAGGGUCAAGAGCCAGCCCGGCCCUCAAAAGAGAUGUCUCUUUGUGUGUCGGCAUGCUGAGAGGAUGGAUGUUGUGUUUGGAAAGUACUGGCUGUCCCAGUGCUUUGAUGCCAAAGGCCGCUACAUACGCACCAACCUGAACAUGCCUCAUAGCUUACCUCAGCGGAGCGGUGGUUUCCGGGAUUAUGAAAAAGAUGCUCCGAUCACCGUGUUUGGAUGUAUGCAAGCAAGACUGGUGGGGGAAGCCUUAUUGGAGAGCAACACCAUUAUUGACCACGUCUAUUGCUCCCCCUCCCUGCGCUGCGUUCAGACUGCAUACAACAUCUUGAAAGGUUUACAACAAGAAAACCACUUGAAGAUUCGUGUAGAGCCUGGCUUAUUUGAGUGGACGAAAUGGGUUGCUGGGAACACAUUACCUGCGUGGAUACCUCCAUCAGAGUUAGCUGCCGCCAACCUGAGUGUUGAUACAACCUACAGACCUCACAUUCCAGUCAGCAAAUUAGUGGUUUCAGAAUCCUAUGACACUUACAUUAGUAGAAGUUUCCAAGUGACAAAAGAAAUAAUAAGUGAGUGUAAAAGUAAAGGAAAUAACAUCCUGAUUGUGGCUCAUGCAUCUUCCCUGGAAGCGUGUACCUGCCAACUUCAGGGUCUGUCCCCUCAGAACUCCAAGGACUUUGUACAAAUGGUCCGAAAGAUCCCGUACUUGGGGUUUUGUUCCUGUGAAGAACUAGGAGAAACUGGAAUAUGGCAGCUGACAGACCCACCUAUCCUUCCUCUCACCCAUGGACCAACUGGGGGCUUCAACUGGAGAGAGACCUUGCUACAAGAAUAAACCGUACCAGUGAACGAGAAGAAAAGGCUCUAGAAAGCCUUUGGGAGAAGUGUCUUUCUGUGUGUUUAGUAACAGUGGCAAAGUCCGCACCACCAUCUAAGCGGACACCUCAGAACAAUUUAGCAGAUUUCCUUUCAUGCUUUAAAGCUCUGAUGACGAGACUGUGGGAAUGAGAAAAAGACUUGAUUCAGGGAUAAAAUCAUUCUCUCUGGAUGCUUACCUAGCUAACAAGGCUUUCGAGAAUUGUCUUCCUAAAUCAAGGCACCUGCUACAGCAGAGGAUGUGUUCUUCCUUCCGUACACGGCUAAGGAGUCGGAAUGCUCUUAGAGGGAGCAGUCAGCCUGCUCUGAGGGGGAAUGCAAGAGGAGGGAGUAUGUCCAGAAUCCAGCUGGAGAGACACACUGAGCUGCCAGUUUGGGGAUAGGAUUUUCUUUUUAACUCCAUGUUCCAGUUAGGCAAAGCCAAGCUGAGGAAUUCUUUUAAGGUUAUUAGAAAACGUGCCCCUGCAGAGAGUUGUUCUUAUUACACAUCAGAUUCUACCCUCAAUAUGACCCACACACCCGUGCUGCUAGCUCAAGACACCUGCUUGGAUGACCCCCAUCUACCCUGGUACUUAUCGCCACAUUUUCUCUAGAACAGCUCACUACGGCUUUCUCCUACGGCCCCUCCCCCUCGCUUCUGUCUGUGCAAUGGGGAGAGCAAGCACUUUUGGAUACUCAGGAGGGAGACAAAUGUAUUCAAUUGUGGGAAGCAAAGAAUUUGCAAAAUAUAAAGUGACCUGGAAUUAUCCAUGUUACAGCACUUCCAAAUCACCAUGAUUUGCUUGUCUUUGCCCCUAGAAUCUAGACUGUGGUAACUGGUUAAGGAUGUUGACAAUUUGAAGGCAUGUGUGUUCGAUCCAUUAUUUGAGUCCACAAGAAGCUCAUUCCUGUGCAAUAUGGAUGUCUUUACAAACCAUACCAAGGGUCAGGUCAUUGUACACUUACAGUACCUGUCACUCAUGGCAGAUCAUCCACCAAUGCAUCAGUUAUACCAGGGAUGUAUAAAGAAGUCAGGGAACUAAUUUAAAGGAUGACAGUCACGAUUGCUGUUUGUGCUGUCAUUUUUUUAUUUGUUUGUUUUUCUAUAACUUAAAAUAUGUAGGUAGGGCUACUUAAGAAAAGGUGGGAGAGCCACGUCCUGUGGUUUCUCAUCACACCUGCUUCCUGAAUUCAGAGGGAGUUUUUUGAAAAGAAAAAUAAAUGACAAUCAAACUAAA